UGGGGGCAGGAGGGCUCUGCAGAGCCUGGGACCAGAGGAUACACGGCCACAGGGCUCCCUCCAGAGUGGACAAGGCUGGCCAAGGAUGGUGCCGCCCAGGGCCCUGGGGGCACUGCUUCUCUCGCUCCUCCUGCUCCUGGCCUCAGGUGAGAAAGAUUUCAAGAACAAAUCUGAGCAAACAACACAGUAUGAGGAGCCCAGGAACGUCUGCCUGGGGCUCAUCAACAAGGACCAUUACGAUCCCUUCGAGCUGAUGAGCACUGCGAAGUGCUUCAACAGCUGCGUGCAGUUGGGGAGCGCCUCCUGUCACCUGGAAAACUUGCAGAGAUACUGGCUGGACUACGAGACCUACCUGGUGGAGAGGAGUCUGAGGGGGACGGUGGAUUUGCCUUUUCUGAAGGCUUUUGUCAAGAACGUCAGCACCAGCAUCGCAGAAGACCUGCACUUCUCUCUGAACCUCUCUCAGAUUCCGGGGCAGAUGACGGAGGACAAGCACCAGUUCCCCGCCAGAGUCCGGCUGCCCAGGAGCCUGUUCGCCUCCCUGCAGGGCAGCAGGCCGGUGGUCCCCUUGGCCGUAUCUGUGCUGGACGUCGGCCCGGGGAACCUCUUCAAGGGCCCCCAGCUCAGCCUGGAGGACGAGGGCAGCGUGGUGAACAACCGCCUGGUGGGCUUGAGUUUGGGCCGGAUGCGUGUCACGGCGCUGCCGGAGCCUGUGGAGAUCAACUUCUCGCACCCGCGCCAGCCUCCGAACAUGACCCUCACCUGUGUAUUCUGGGAUGUGACUAAAGGGUCAACAGGAGACUGGUCUUCGGAGGGCUGCUCCACGGAGCCCGGAGCGCAGGCGACAGUCUGCCGCUGUGACCACCUGACCUUCUUUGCCCUGCUGCUGAGGCCGACCCUGGACAAGGCCACCGCACAGGCCCUCGUGCGAAUCUCCCAGGUUGGCUGUGGCGCCUCCAUGGUUUUCCUGGCCUUCACCAUUGUCUUCUACGUGGCCCUGAGGUUCUCCUGGAAGAGGUUCAAGUCAGAAGAUGCCCCGAAGAUCCACGUGGCCCUGAGCGUCAGCCUGUUUCUCGUGAACCUGGCCUUUUUCAUCGAUGUGGGGCAUGGCCCCCAGGGGCCCCCUGCUGCCUGCGCGGCCCGGGGGGCCAUGUUCCACUACUUCCUGCUCUGCGUCUUCACCUGGAUGGUCCUGGAAUCCUUCCACCUCUACCUGCUCGUCAUCAGGGUCUUCAACACCUACUUCGGGCACUACUUCCUGAAGCUGAGCCUCGUGGGCUGGGGCCUGCCAGUCCUCAUGGUCAUCGGCACCGCGAGUGCCAGCAGCUAUGGCCUCUACACCAUCCAAGACCAGGACAACAGGACCACACUGGAGCUGUGCUGGUUCCGGGAGAAAACUGCCCUCUACGCCACCGUCCACGGCUACUUCCUCGUCACCUUCCUCUUCAGCGCGGUGGUGCUGGGCCUGCUGGCCUGGAAGAUCUUCACUCUGUCGAGUGCCACGGCCGGCAAGGGGCAGCGGCAGCACUGGAAGGGGGUCCUCACCUUGCUGGGCCUCUCGAGCCUGGUGGGCACGACCUGGGGGCUGGCCAUCCUCACGCCGCUGGGGCUGUCCACCAUCUACAUCUUCGCACUGUUCAACUCCUUACAAGGUGUCUUCAUCUUCUGCUGGUUCACCGUCCUCUACUUCCCAAGCCAGACCACCGUGUCCUCCUCCUCCGGCACCGCCCGGGCUGAGCAGACCCACACGGCGUCGCAAUGACAGGACUCGGCUCUGACCCACUGUGUGCACCUGGACAGCUCCCGGCCUCCCUCUGGGCCUCGGUCUCCACGUCUGUACAGUGUGGCUGGGGAGGGAGGGGGAGGGACGGGGCAACCACAUGAUCUCAGAGGUCCCACCCAGAUUGGCUCUGGUAUCAGGAUCCCCCAAUCCAGGACUGCAGGGGCUCAAGGUUCCCAUAACCCUGAGCCUCCUCCCAGCACAGAACAGCACCCUCACCCCUGCCGCUCUGCACACCCCCUCACCCCACCCCACCCCUGCCUUCAUAGAGAAGCAGCCCAUCUCUGCCAUUGCCCACCGUCUGGUCUCAGUAAGAGGAGAGUCUGUUGCUGGCACAGCCCCUCCAAGGAGCCCAGCCUCCCCUUCCUCCCUGUUGUCACUGCCUUUCCACCUGCUGGCUCCCCUGCCCGUGGUGAGGGGGCAUUGAGGAGGCGUCAGCCCCUCAGGCACCAGGUCGUUGUGAACUGGAGGUUUGUUUGGGGGCUUGGGCCAGUCCCACCAUGGCCUAUUAUCACAGAAGAACCCCCACCAUUUGGGGGGCUGCCAGCCCUUCAGGUGCCAGGACACUGACAUUCAGAGAAUGCCACUCAGUGGGUGACACCCCCAGCAAGGCCCCUGUUCCCAUUCUGACUGCCAUGUGGGUGGCUUGACCUCUGAUCUGCUGUCACAGUAGGGGUCACGGUGAGGGUCACAGUGGGCUGGAGGUGCAAGGCAGGGGAGGGGGCUGGGCUGAGCAGAGAGAGGGAGCACAUCCCCCAGCCUCCCCCCCUCCCCCCUACGCACACCCCACCGGGAAUCUGAGCGCCUACAGCUACAGAGCAGGUGCUUUGCCGGCCUCACUAGCCCGUCAGCCCAGCCCUGGUGCGUCUGGGCCUGAGCAAAUAUCCGCCACCUAGUAAGUGGAUGUGUGAGCUCGGCAGCAGCCUGACAGCCCUGAGCCAGGGGUGUGUCCCAGGCCAGACCCUGCUUCCAGCAGCUGGACCUCUGGGUCACAAGCAACCGCCUGCUGUUUCCUCCAUAGGAAACAAAAGGAGGCAGAUAAUAGCGAUGGAGGAAGAGACAGAGAGAUAGAGCUAGAGAGAGAGAAUUAACAGAUGAGCUGAUGCAAAGGGAGAGAUCAGAGAGGGACAGAUGGAGAGAGACACAGCCCGCCUCCCCACACCCCCUUCCCCAGCCUGCGGACAGGAGGGCAGAGCCCUGGGACGGUCCCCCUCCCGGAGCCCCAUCUCCACCAUCACGUUCCUGCUCCAGCCUUGACUUGCUAACCAGCGGGGAAUGGCACCCCUCCACCCGCACCCUGCCCAGGGGGCUUUGCAGCCGGUCAGGCACAUUCUACAGAUGAGAAGCUAGUCCAAUGAGACCCUCCCCAUGGCCCUGGGGCUGCCGGCCUGCCAGAUGCCAAGUCGGGACCAGCAACAGAUGAAAGACAGGAAGGGGGGGGCCCUAUUUUAAGCAAGUCACCGUGUUCCUGGAAGGGAAAUCCUGGGGUGUGGACAUCACAGCAGCUGAGCCACAGGCUUCGGUUUGGUGCACACACUUGGUGGGGCUGGGGGUUUAUCCUCACAGACCUAUGAUUCUCAUGCCAAGGAUCUCAGCUCCCUCCCCCCAACACCUCGGAGUUGCCAACCUGCGCUCAGGAAGAGCAGGGGGACGCCAGGGUCUGAGGGCCUGGGUUCAAAUCCCGCCUCUGCUAUGAAGGGGCCGCAUGUCACCGCGCCUCUCCGAGCCCGCUUCCCGCUCCGUAAAAUUGAGACGGAGUCCUUGCCUCGUCCUGAGAACACUAAGUGAGGUGACGAAGUCAAGUGCCCCGCACAAUUCAGGGGGAGGUAGUUGGCUCCCCGAGUCCCCCUUCCUUGGCUUAAAAGAAGCCAGGUGGAGCCCUUGUGUAAAGCCUGUAUGUGAACUAGGAGGUCCGGGGUCCAGGUGUGAAGGUUACGGCUCCCUUCCAGAUUCCUUCUCAGCUCUGUCAAGUGCACAGCCCUGUGUGGGGAUGAGGCAUGGAGGCCCCGAGAGGCCCACCAACUUGCCAAGGACCAGUUCCUCUCCCGCUGAACCUGUAAGGCGGGGUGGCAGCAGCUGCCCGACAGGGUUGAUGAAGGAUUAAAUGAGACAUUGGCUGAGAGGGCUGCCUGGUGCCCAGCCCGCCUGGUCCCUCAGGAAUGUGACUGGGCCAGAACUUGGUCUUGGCCAUCACCUUAUCAGGCCCUGGGCUGCAGGGCUCAUCGGGGUGCUGCAGGAUGGGCCCCCCCACCAUCACCACCAUGGCUCCCCGAUUCUCUCCACUCUACCCCAAUUUAUUUACUCCUAGUAUGUUUUUAUUACAAUGUAACAAAUAUACAGGAAAUUAGAAGAUCUACUUAUUCUGUGCUCUGUGAUAGGUAAUAUCAAAAGACAAAAAUUAUUCACAAAUUAAUCUAGGAAUACAAUGCAACUUCAAUAAAGAUUCCAAAUGAUUCUUUAAGACUUUUAAAAAGUUAUUCUAAAAUUUAUAUGGAAGCAUUUAGGCCUCACAUAGCUACCUCAACAUAUAUGAAAGAGGGCAUAGAAGGAAGACUUGAACUACAGAUUCUUUAAGAAAUUAUUACAAGACCAUAAUGAUAAAUCCAAUAUGGGGUUUGUGCAGGGAUAGGCAUGAAGACCAGUGGAACAGAAUAGAGGGCUGAGUGGCAGGCUCGUGUACACUUAGGAGACAUAAUACAUGACUAAAGUGGCAUCACCAAGAAGGAUGAACGGUCCGAUGAUGGCUUUGGGAAGUUGGCUCAUUAUAUGGAGAAAAAUAAGACAGACUCUCUCCCUAACCCCUCAGAAUUUGGACUAGGCUGGCUGACCCCGGGGUGGGCUUCAGGCAGACUCAAGGUCUAAAUGGAAUGCCAAAAUUAUGACGUUUUAAUGUAGGAACAUAUGUCGCAACCGAAGGGCAAAGAAGGACUUCUCAGGCAAAAAUUCGUAAGCACGAAACAUCAGACUCAAACCCGGCAAAUUUAAUCACAUCAAAGUUAAGGUUUUCUGCUGAAAGAAGGACACCCAGGGAUUUAUUAGAAGACACGGGACAGAACCCGGGAAGACAUUUGCAACAUCGAAAACCAGAGAGGAGCAUCUGGAAGUCCUGCCAAUCAGAAGAAGGACGUCCCCAGUAAAGAGAAAUGGGCUGGAGUCUUAAGGGACAAUUCAAGAGACGGAAACACCUAAAACGAACACAUUAGUACAUCAAGACACGUUUAAAAGCACGAGAGACACACGUUUAAUAGGGGUACCGGAAACUGGCAAGCGUUAGGAAGCCAGAUAAUACCAACUGCUGGCAGGCGCGAGGGUUCUAGGCUCCCUCACGCCUUGCAAAAGGUGGGGAGAGGGUAGGUUUCAACUGCCUGGAGAAAAAACGGGGUGCUGCUGCUCUCCCAGGUCCUAAAGGGACAGGCCCACGGCCUGUGUGGCACUGUCCGUUGUGGGAGGGAGUUGGUCCGUCCCUGUGAGAGCAGGGAGGUUAUUCAUGUGGAUCCGUGCCGUGGACACACAGCAGCACAGAUGGGUCUUGAACAAAGUGAAAAUAAAAGAAACAGGAGGUCUGAAUGCAAUAUCAUUUACACAAAUUAAGAACAGCAGCGUGCAAAACAAUGCUCAUUUGGGUGGAAAGAAAAACACCCAACAGAAAGGUUGCCUAUCGGGAGCAGGGAAUGGGAGUAGGUGUAGGGACAGAGGGAAGUAAAUAAAUAUACAAAGGAAAUGAGAUGGUGCAUGGGGGGGAGGAGAAAGAAGCCCAUCUAUGUUCCAUCCACCAGCCCAACACGUCACUGGCUUCCCGCUUCCUCGUCCCUCCUGCCUUCACCCCGGUGAGGUGCCCACAGAGCUAAUCGCGGGGUGCGCACCAGGACUGAAGUCCGCGCGCGGUCUCGUGAGCAUCCCCUCCGUCUAAUUUAUCCUUCACCCGUUAUUUCCCAUGACUGCAUACUGUUCCAGCUGGAAGAAAAGAAUCCUUCUUUACUGUUGAGAAUUGAGGUCAGCCCUACCUUUCCACCAGUAACAGCAGCUAUACACCCUUGUCCGGACAGCUGCAGUGUCUCCCCAGUAUUUCACCCCCGAACCUCCACAGGGCCGCAGUGUGACUUUUGUGGGUCUCUUUUUCUCCAAAAACAGAAACGGGAAACAUUUUAACCAUGGCUGUGCUUUUCAACGGGCUCGCCAACAUUCCUGAAAUGUUAACGAUCAGCUCUCCCGAGCUGGCAGAGGCUGGCUCCAGCCCACCGCCGGCCAAGGAACCUGCAGCCCAGGGCUUCCGGGUCCGGACCGGGGUAGUGACAGAAGACUACAUUUCCCAGAAGCCUCCUCUCCCAGGAAGGCCCU